AUGGCCACUCACGGGAACCGGGACACCAAUGUGCAGUCCAAGCUUUCCUCUGAUGCAUUACAUGCGAUGGCCACUCACGGGAACCGGGACACCAAUGUGCAGUCCAAGCUUUCCUCUGAUGCAUUACAUGCGAUGGCCACUCACGGGAACCGGGACACCAAUGUGCAAUCCAAGCUUUCCUCUGAUGCAUUACAUGCGAUGGCCAUCCACGGGAACCGGGACACCAAUGGGCAAUCCAAGCUUUCCUCUGAUGCAUUACAUGCCAUGGCCACUCACGGGAACCGGGACACCAAUGUGCAGUCCAAGCUUUCCUCUGAUGCAUUACACGCGAUGGCCACUCACGGGAACCGAAACACCAAUGUGCAGUCCAAGCCUUCCUCUGAUGCAUUACACGCGAUGGCCACUCACGGGAACCGGGACACCAAUGUGCAGUCCAAGCUUUCCUCUGAUGCAUUACAUGCGAUGGCCAUCCACGGGAACCGGGACAUCAAUGUACAGUCCAAGCUUUCCUCUGAUGCAUUACAUGCGAUGGCCAUCCACGGGAACCGGAACCUCAAUGUGCAGUCCAAGCUUUCCUCUGAUGCAUUACAUGAGAUGGCCACUCACGGGAACCGGAACACCAAUGUGCAGUCCAAGCUUUCCUCUGAUGCAUUACAUGCGAUGGCCACUCACGGGAACCGGAACACCAAUUCCAAGCUUUCCUCUGAUGCAUUACAUGCGAUGGCCACUCACGGGAACCGGGACACCAAUGUGCAGUCCAAGCUUUCCUCUGAUGCAUUACAUGCGAUGGCCACUCACGGGAACCGGGACACCAAUGUGCAGUCCAAGCUUUCCUCUGAUGCAUUACAUGCGAUGGCCACUCACGGGAACCGGGACACCAAUGUACAGUCCAAGCUUUCCUCUGAUGCAUUACAUGCGAUGGCCACUCACGGGAACCGGGACACCAAUGUGCAGUCCAAGCUUUCCUCUGAUGCAUUACAUGCGAUGGCCACUCACGGGAACCGGGACACCAAUGUGCAGUCCAAGCUUUCCUCUGAUGCAUUACAUGCCAUGGCCACUCACGGGAACCGGAACCUCAAUGUGCAGUCCAAGCUUUCCUCUGAUGCAUUACAUGAGAUGGCCACUCACGGGAACCGGGACACCAAUGUGCAGUCCAUGCUUUCCUCUGAUGCAUUACAUGCGAUGGCCACUCACGGGAACCGGGACACCAAUGGGCAGUCCAAGCUUUCCUCUGAUGCAUUACAUGCGAUGGCCACUCACGGGAACCGGGACACCAAUGUGCAGUCCAAGCUUUCCUCUGAUGCAUUACAUGCGAUGGCCACUCACGGGAACCGGGACACCAAUGUGCAGUCCAAGCUUUCCUCUGAUGCAUUACAUGCGAUGGCCACUCACGGGAACCGGGACACCAAUGUGCAGUCCAAGCUUUCCUUUGAUGCAUUACAUGCGAUGGCCACUCACGGGAACCGGGACACCAAUGUGCAGUCCAAGCUUUCCUCUGAUGCAUUACAUGCGAUGGCCACUCACGGGAACCGGGACAUCAAUGUGCAGUCCAAGCUUUUGGCCUUAGAAAUCGUAGAAUCAUAUUCGAAAACCUCUCGAUAG